AUGGCUUCGACCGUUCGCAAAACUUCAAUUUCGACAAAACCAGUUCCAUUCACGUUCAGGACUAACCUUUCCUCCAGGACCGAUAGAUCGACCCCCCAAAAGUCCCUCUCAGACAAGUCGGCUAACACAGAGGCGGCCCCUGUGGAUGAAGAUGCCGACACAGGAGUAGAACCCGCGGAAUCAAUUGACGAGACGCCCUCCGUUCCUUAUGACCUUGACACAGUGAAAGCUGCGAAAGUGGAGUUAAAGCAUCUCCAAAGUUCAACAGUGGAUGCGUCAGACCUAAGUAAAGAUCACGAACUGAAGACCGCGCCUCUCAUUACGAGAGAGGCGUAUGUAACUGCUGGAUACAAGAAAAAUUCCACACAGUAUGGAGUGAUGGGUGAGGUGUUGUCAAUACAUUCGAAAUCAAGCGCCUACGUCCCUGUAGAUCCCAGACUUUAUAUCAACACUAAUGCACCUUUCUCUGCUGUAGUGUGCGGAGUACAAGGAUCAGGGAAAUCCCACACGGUUUCGGUCCUGCUGGAAAACAUGCUCAUUCCGAAACUUCGGGAAAUAGGAUCCCUGCAGCAGCCUUUAGCGGGACUUGUCCUCCACUUUGGAGAAGGUGGUGCGGGAUCCCUUCCAAGCGAGGCUGCAUGGGUCGGUGUCCCAACAACGGAAGGCGUAAGGACGCCGAAAGUGCGAGUCUUCGUGUCAAGGUCUUCUCUCAAUACUAUGAAAGCAGUUUAUGCCCCUCUCGGAAAGAACGUUGAUGUAGUUCCCUUACUCUUCAAUGAGACAGAGUUGGACGCACAGGCUUUUCUAUCUAUGAUGGCUGUCGGGUCAUCAGAUUCAGCGCCCCUCUACAUCCAGAUCGUUCUCAGUAUUCUCCGAGAUUUAGGAGAGACAUUCACGUAUGGGAAAUUCAUGAUGCGACUUGAGGGAGCGAAAGGCAACUUCAACCCUGCCCAAAUAGCUGGUCUUGAGCAGCGCCUAGCUCUCCUGAACUCGUUCAUGGAGCCCAAUCGUCCAGAGCCAACCGCUUUUGGUUCAAAGUCUUACGCUAAUAUCAGUAGGCCCAGAUCAAAUGUUACUGCACCCAAAUCGACCCGGCGUCGUUUUGGUGCAGGAGAGUUGACCAUUGUUGAUCUGUCGGAUCCAUUCAUUGACCCAGGAUCUGCAUGCGGAUUGUUCGAGAUCGUCACCAGGUUGUUCGUGAGGGCUGAGGUUGAGACCGGAAAGGUUCUUGUCGUCGAUGAAGCCCACAAGUACUUGUCCACCAAUAGAGGGGUUGCCGGUCUAACCAAGGCCCUUUUGACCCUCACAAGAGAGCAGAGGCAUUUAGGGAUGCGCGUCAUUAUUUCUACGCAAGAGCCAACUGUAGUGCCACCUGUUCUAUUAGACUUGUGCAGCGUCGCCAUCAUGCAUCGAUUUUCUUCUCCGGCGUGGUGGGACCACCUUGCACGGCAUAUCUCUGCGGACGUGUCUAUAGAAGAAGCAUUUGACACGGUUGUUAAGCUUCAGACUGGCCAGGCGAUUAUUCUUGCGCCAUCGGGGCUUGGCGUGUUUCCGGAGGAUGCAGAAAUUCGUGGCGCAACGAGGAUUAAAGGGCAUACUGCACCUGUCUUGAAGCUGACCCAGUUUGGAAGGCGUUAUAUUAUCAUGAAGACACGCGCUCGUGUCACGAAAGAUGGAGGCAGGUCGGUUCUUAUUGUUUCUGGACAGGAAGAGAGUGAGGAGUCUGAGAAUGAAGAGGAAGAAUCUGAAUCUGAAGAGGAAUCUGAGAACGAAGAGGAGGUGUCGGAGUCUGAGAACGAAGAGGAUGUGUCGGGGUCUGAGAACGAAGAGGUGUCGGAAUCUGAGAACGAAGAGGAUGCGUCGGGGUCUGAGAACGAAGAGGUGUCGGAAUCUGAGAACGAAGAGGAGGUGUCUGAAUCUGAGGCUGAUGAAUCUGAAUGA